AUGGGUGUGCGGCAGCGACGGCAGCACUGUGCUUUGGGCCGUGCUCUCCCCGCCUCGUUCGAGGUAGACGGGAGCCCAGGCACUUGCAAACCCCACAACAGUGGGCUGGAGUGUAACUUAGGGCCCACAGCAGGUCCCGACUCCGGUUUCGGCGCCCACGGAAUCAUACGGGCGGGCAGCGGGGCGACGGGCGGGAGGACAUGGGUGUGCGGCAGCGACGGCAGCACUGUGCUUUGGGCCGUGCUCUCCCCGCCUCGUUCGAGUGCGCGGCGCGGGCCGCACGCGCCCCCCGCGGCGGGAGGCGGCGGAAAGCGUCCCAAGGUACCGGCAAGGCCUUCAAAUGGCCCCGAGGGCUUUGUCGCUGGGCUGCUGCCGGCGUGGGCAGGAGGCCGCAGCGGUGGGAGGCGCUGGGGACCUGGAGCGGUGCCUCUGAACGCCGAUAGUCAGCUCCUGCUCUGGGCGGUUAUUUCAAAGCGCUCGUCCGGGGCAGGGCUGGGCGGGAAGGGAAGGCGAUCCGGAGGCGGAUGGCGGUGUGCGACUGACGGCAGGCGGACGCGGACCGACACCGGCCCCGCGGCGGCAGCAGGACUGCUGCACCCCCGGCGGGCGCUGGUGGUGCGGUUCCGCACCCGGCGGUUCAUCGGCGACUACGAGAGGAACGCAGGUAAUCUCUACAGCAGGCACAUCCAGAUCGAUGGCGAGAUGUUGGCAAUUCAAGUGCAAGACACUCCGGGAGUUCAGAUCCACGAACACAAUCUGGAUUGUAAUGAGCAGCUGAACAGAUGCAUCCGCUGGGCAGAUGCCCUGGUGAUUGUCUUCUCCAUCACAGACUAUAAGAGCUAUGAACUACUCAGUCACCUUUACCACCACGUUCGACAGUUGCAUCCAGGAAACGCGGUCCCCGUUGUCAUCGUUGCAAACAAAGCCGAUCUCUUGCAUAUCAAAGAGGUGGAGCCUCAGCAUGGACUUCAGCUGGCCAACAUGCUGGGCUGUACUUUCUACGAAGUAUCUGUCAGUGAAAACUACAACGAUGUCUUCAAUGCCUUCCACCUCCUCUGUAAAGAAGUCAGUAAACAGCAAACAACCAGCACCCCUGAGAGAAGGAGAACCUCUCUUAUUCCACGGCCAAAAUCGCCCAAUAUGCAGGAUCUGAAGAGAAGGUUUAAGCAAGCUUUGUCUGCCAAAGUGAGGACUGUCACUUCUGUUUGACAGCAGAGCUGUUGGUCUUUCCAACGUUUAGCCUGAGAUUGAAACCUGGGGUGUUUAACACUGGCACGUUUAGAGUCCAAGGCAUUGUGAAAGAAGGAUGGUUCAGGUAGCCUUCUGCAUGGCUGUAGAAACAAGCAGUUGCUUAAAAAAAGGAACAGUGGCAGAUUGGAAAAGGAGAGGGGGGGGGGAAAAAAACAACUCUUGAAAUGGUUCUAGGAUGUGACUUGU